ACAUGGCGUUCCCUGCUUCCCACGGGCUUCGUGCUGCUUCGGGUUGUUGGUGUUGACUGUAGCGAGUUGCUGACCCAGUUCGUCGUAGAUUCUGCUGCGGUCGUACUCGUGCAUGAUGAUUGGGCUCUCUUUUACUCUAUUUCAUGAUUGCUCAGAAGAAAUGAGCAGUCGUUCGCUUUAUUUGCUUUGGAGUGUGAUUAUUAGGGCUAGUUUAAUUAUUGUGGUACACUUUUGUGGAUGGAUUGCAGAGCCAUGUACCUAGGGGAAUGUGGAGUAAGGAGGGCUUACAAAUCCCACAUUGUGGUGGAUGGGGGUUUAUUUGGGACUUCCUGUGAGCAAUUUGAUGUCUGACUAUCUGAUGAAUGUUAAUUUAGUGGAAAAAAAAAUCUAAGUUGCAGCUUUUGUUGCUCCUGGUAUUUACAUUGCUGGUAUUGUAUUGUUUAUGUGGAGUGGUAGGAUACGGCUGGACAAUAUUUCAAUGGAAAAAUCUCCAAAUAGUUCUGAGAGUCUCAGAGAUGCUUCACUAUAUUUGUAUGAAACUUUUGGAGAGGCCCAGUUUGUACAUGGUCUUAUUUUCUUUUCUACAAUUCCUCUGCACAGGUACAAAUAUGUCAGACAGUGUGUUGAAAGAUCUGAAUCUAGCUCAAUCAGCAGAGCUGGAGAAACCCAAGGACAGCUCGGCGAAGUCUUGCAUCACCAAGCCUGUCUUGAAUGAAAAUGCUCCACCUGCAUGCCCUGAUGCUGUGACUAAUGGGUGUGAAGCUGGAAAUGCUGAUGUUGAGUAUAUUGAUUCUGAGAAUCUGACAGAUCUCCCAGAUGCUGGCGCAACCCUUGGUACUUUAGUUGCAAGGUUGGAUUCAAAAGACUGGGUUAUGACUUGUGAAGCUCUUAAUAAUGUACGUCAGUUGGCAAUAUAUCACAAGGAUAGAUUGCAGGAACUUCUGGAACCUCUAGUUCCUCUUAUUGUGAAAUCUGUCAAGAAUCCAAGGAGCGCUGUCUGUAAAACUGCACUCAUGACCUGUGCUGAUAUUUUCAAGGCAUAUGGUGACCUAAUGGUUGACUCAAUUGAUCCACUGUUAGUGCAGCUAUUUCUAAAAUCGUCACAAGAUAAGCGUUUUGUCUGUGAAGCUGCUGAGGCAGCUCUGAUAUCGAUGACAAGCUGGAUUGCUCCUUCUGCUUUGUUACCGAAAGUGCAGCCCUACCUUAAGAACAGGAAUCCACGAAUUCGAGCAAAAGCAUCAAUGUGUUUCAGCAAGAGCGUACCACACUUUGUUGUGGAGGGAAUUAAAGAAUAUGGAAUGGAUAAGCUUGUUCAGAUUGCAGCAACUCAGCUUAGUGACCAGCUUCCUGAAUCAAGGGAGGCUGCUCGCAAGCUUGCCUUGGAGCUACAAGCGUUCUAUGAGAAGUCACAAGCGUCGAGUUCUGGUGAAGUUGAUGAUGACACACCUGCCACCUCACCUGAUGCUGAAUCAUGGGAAGCAUUCUGCCAAUCAAAACUUUCCGCAUUGAGUGCACAAGCAAUCCUUCGUGUCACCUCUACAACGAGAGAGGGUGUAGCUGUGGGUGUCACCUCUACCACUACGAAAGAAGGUGUAACUGUUGGUUGCUAGCAUCAGGAGGGUAGUGGAUGCAAUGAGGUUGUGGUUUUCCAGCCAAUUCACCUUUUUUCUGUACAUGGUUAUGGUUGUUCUUUCUCCACAUCCAAUCUGGUAUUUGUUGAGCAUCGGUUCGAGUCUCCGAGAGUUCACGUGUGACAUCCGGUGUUAAUAUUGGUGCGAGAUUAUGAUCUUUUUUCCCCA